GCGCAUACGGGUCUGACACGCGAGAUCUCGCUCCGCAGUUUUUAAUCAUAAAAGUGAUAAUAAUGUCGCUUACAAACAUCGAAAGUGAUGUGCAACAAGUGCUCCAACAUGUGUCUAAACUAGUGGAUAAAAUUAACCAUUUGGAAACCGUCAUUAGUGAGCAAAAUGUGAAAAUUUCAAACCUUUCUCAACUAACUCGCGACCUAACGGGUAAAUUGGAUGGAAAUCAAUCUACCCCCAAGUCUCAGCCGAAAAAGCCGAUCGGCACACAGGUACCCGCUCAGCCGCGGCCCCAGCGACAAGCGCGCAUCAACGCAACUGCCGCGCUAAAUCGUGCAGCACUGAGUCGAAAGUCGAACAGCCCGGCGAUGACUCAGACACCGGUUGUUAUUAACGCGAACUCACCCGUGCAAUCUAUACCUACAGUACCAGACUUAAAAAAUAAAUCAGUUUCCGAAACGGACCCUGAAAUUCAUCAGAAAUCUACCCCUCAACCAGAGGCUAGCAUCUUACCAGAAUCGCCCAUUAUUUCUGACUUAUCCCAGAAUAUUGACGACACUCAAACAUGGAAUGAAGUACGAUCUCGAAAGAAGAAUCGAAAAAACAUCCGCAGGUCCGUUAUCAAAGGCACCGGAUCGGCAGACUCGGAAUUGCAGUCUAUGGAGCGAGUUAGACGCAUUCAUGCAUGUUUUUUCAAGGCCCAAACUACAGCUGAAGUCUUACUGCGUUAUAUGAAUAAGAAAAACCCAUGCGCUAAUUACAAAGUCGAACAGCUUUCACUUAAGCAUGAUUACUACGCCUCUUUCUCAAUAACGCUACCUAACGACAAAUAUGACUAUUUUAUGAACCCUAGUAGCUGGCCGGCAGGAGUCGAAGUCAGUGAGUGGUUUCGUAGCGGCGCCCGGCGCGGCAGGCCUGCGCCCACCAGUCACAACGCCAGCUCAAGACCUUAAACACAAGGCCAUUAACAACCAUGGAGGCAAAAUAAUUAAUGUAAUUCACCAGAAUAUAAACCGUUUAGAAAAUAAAACCUAUAGACUGGAAUGCGAACUCCAUCUGCGCGACCCUGUCGUAGACGUGGUUUGCCUGACGGAGCACUGGCUUCAGCCCAACCAGAUAAGUACAGUCAAUGUCAUUAACUACUCCCUUCGUGCUCAAUACUCGAGACCCUCGCGUCGCGGCGGAGGUGCCUGUAUUUACGCCAGGACCGAACUGAUAACAAUAGAGAGACCAGAAGUUGCAAGCCUGUCAGUUGAAAUGCACUUUGAAACCUGUGCCGUCGAGUGCAUCGGCGCCGACCUCAUCGUGGUGUGCAUUUACAGACCUCCUUGUGGUGAUGUCCAAUUAUAUUUUUCCAAGUUAACCGAAUUAUUAAAUAUGACAAUCAUGCAAAAUUAUAAGGUAUUGGUAGUUGGUGAUAUUAAUAUAGAUUUAUUGACAAAAUGUAGCCUGACAUAUAAAAUGAACGAUAUAAUUAAACAAUAUGGAUUUAGACAAUUAAUUAAUAUUCCUACUAGAAUUAGCACCUUAUCUAGCACAUGUAUUGACCACGCAUUUACUAAUAUUCCGAAAUCCGAAAUCCAAAAUGUAUUUUGUAUUGAGCUUAACUUGUCCGAUCAUUUAAGCAUUAAUGUGUCUUUAAUUAUUAAUAAUAACUUAAACUCAAGUAAACAUGUAUUAAAGCAAUCAUUUUCAAAAUCCAAUGUAAAUAAUUUUAUUUCUAAUCUUGAACAUUAUAAUUGG